AUGGUUAGAGAGGGUGGAAACUCUUCGAGAAAUUUCGUCGAACACGUGGUGUUCGAGGUGGGUGUGGGGACAGGGAUGGCAGCUAGGGUGGAGGCUAGUGAGACAGAGAAAGGGGAGAGCAGAGUAGGAGACGAUGACAAAGAGAUACCUGAAGGUCGCUGGCGAGCAGGAGGGCUGCCGGUGGUGCUUCGCCUGGGCAAAGGUAGGUAG